UCCGCCUCAUCACGAGCGUCAUGUACCUGGACUACCUGGUGUUGGCCAUGGUAUACUUCGGCCUCUCCCUCAGCGGCGGCAACCUCAGCAGCGACCCCUUCGUGUACAUGGUGCUGUCGGGCCUCAUGGAGAUUCCCGCGUACACCCUCGCCUUCCCCGUCGUGUACCGCUUCGGCAGGAGAGGCCCCACGGUCCUCUGCUGUCUCCUGUGCGGGCUGGCGCUCUUUGUCUUGGCUGCUGUGCCUGCAGAUUACUCCUGGCUUAUUGUGACGAUGGCUCUGUUCGGGAAGAUGACGAUCACGGUGGCUUACCAAAUUGCGAUUCUUUACUCCUCCGAACUCUUUCCGACGGAGGUGCGGAGUCGGGGCCUCGGAACGUGUUUCAUGCUGUCUCGAAUCGGCUCCGUCUGCUCGCCGUUCAUCACGGAUUUUCUGGGCUCCCUCAUAUCGUGGGCUCCGUCCGUAGUCUUCGGUGCCGCGUCUUUGGUGAUGGGGCUGGCUACAGUGGCACUUCCGGAGACCCUAGGGAUGGCACUACCUGACACCAUCGCCGACCUCGAGGAAAGAGGCAGCGGUGACUCUAAAAGAAGUUUCCUUCCAUCAUUCCUCAAGCAAUCAAGCAAUUAG